CCCGGAUCGCCGCGCUCGGGUCCCCAUCGCUGCGCUCGUCUCCGCGCGCUUCCGGCCUGGACCUGCCCACCUGCGAACCCGAGAUCCCCGGCGAGGGACCCCAGCCGCUCGGCGGCCAUGGCGGCGCGGCCCGUGCGCGUGCUUGUGGACAUGGACGGCGUGCUAGCCGACUUCGAGGCCGGCCUCCUGCGGGGUUUCCGCCGCCACUUCCCCGAGGAGCCGUACGUGCCGCUGGAACAGCGCCGCGGCUUCUUCGCACGCGAGCAGUACCGCGCCUUGCGACCCGACCUGGCGGAUAAAGUGGCCAGUGUGUAUGAAGCCCCAGGUUUUUUCCUAGGCUUGGAGCCCAUCCCGGGGGCCUUGGAAGCCAUGCGAGAGAUGAAUGACAUACAAGACACUGAGGUCUUCAUCUGCACCAGCCCCCUGCUGAAGUAUGAGCACUGUGUGGGUGAGAAGUAUCGCUGGGUAGAGCAGCACUUGGGGCCCCAGUUUGUGGAGCGAAUUAUCCUGACAAGGGACAAGACAGUGGUCUUGGGGGACCUGCUCAUUGAUGACAAAGACAACAUUCAAGGCGGAGAGGAAACCCCAACCUGGGAGCAUAUCUUGUUCACCUGCUGCCACAACCAGCACCUUGUCCUGCCCCCCUCCAGGAGGCGGCUGCUCUCCUGGAGUGACAACUGGAGAGAGAUCAUAGACAGCAAGCGGGAAGCUGCACAGCAGAACAAAGGGUCCCUACAGCGGGCAGUCACUGAUGAAGGAGGGGAAGGUGGGCCAGCAGGGAGUCUCCACCAAGCCAAGUGAGGGAUAUUGUGGAGGAGGCAGACGACAGAACCUCUGUGCUGGCACAGGCCUGGCCACCUGGCUCUUCCCUAGAUGGCUGCCUCUGGAGCAUGGCUGAGGAAGAAAUAGUCAGGACUCUUUUAAUAAAAAACUUUGGCUC